AUGAAUCGGAAUGAGGUAGUAUUGAAACGCUCAACAAAUGAUCGGUUCAUUAGUUGUUUAAAUUGCGAAUAUUGUCUGCUUCAACGAACUGGCAGAAAGCCGCAAUGGGAUCUCAAUAAGGAAUUGACCCACUACAGGUGGGUUGGAUACACAGGUUCAGAUACGAGCAUGCAAAUGCUGAAAGGUUGGCUCAAUGAAUGUGUGAUAGAACACCAUGCAUGCAAUGCAAGUACGGAACCUGAAAAGCCGACCAGACUCCUCGACCUGGGUGGGGUUGGCGUAACCGGCAGUAUACGAUUAGUCCCUGGUGUCGAAGCGAGUAGUCAGUGUUAUGCUACUCUGAGUUAUUGCUGGGGGAGUGAGAAAGCACUGCUACUUACCAAAAGCAAUAUUCAUGCCUUCGAACACAACAUCGAGUUUGACCUGCUGCCCAAGACGUUCCAAGACGCCGUGUUUAUAUGCCGGAAACUUGACAUUACAUAUCUCUGGAUCGAUGCUCUAUGCAUCAUUCAGGGUGCUGAUGGUGACUGGAAUGAUGAAGCUUCUCGCAUGGGAUCCGUUUACGCCGGAUCUAUCAUCACUCUGGCAGCUGAACAAGCGGAGAGCAGUCGGGAUGGACUUCUGCAUCAUCGAUCGCCCCUUCGCCAACAAGACUGCCGGAUCUUACACAGUGCCACACACACCAUAAUUGCAUCGGCGAAUAGUUUUUGCUAUGAACCAGGUUGCGGCCCAGGGAAAUGCAGACUAGACACAAGGGGAUGGGUCUUACAAGAGCGCCUCUUAUCUCCACGCACUGCAUAUUUUGGGCCCAAUGGUAUACAUUGGGAAUGUCGCUGGGGGGCUCUUUGCGAGAAUCAACCCUUCUUUUUGGAAAAGCCCGGUAUAUUCGAUGAUCGCCAUCAAGAAUCUCAGAUCAAGGGCGCACAUGAAGCAUUCUACACCUUACAGGAUCUUCGCUCCCGGCCAGAUGAUCUGCUUAGAUUUCAGACGAGCUGGACUUAUCUUCUUGAGGUGUAUUCGCUCACGGACUUGACUUUCGCUAGUGACAGGCUAGUUGCUAUUGCAGGUAUCACCUCAGUCUUCCAGAGUCGACUCACGCUCCAAGCAUCUUUUGGUUUGUGGCUUCCCUUCUUUACUACUGAACUUCUCUGGACAACAGACCAGGCCACCUGGAAAGAUAGCAGGCAUUCUCGUCGCAAAAUCGACUAUGCGCCAACUUGGUCCUGGGUCUCCGUUUCGGGGGUGAAAAUCCGCAAUGGCUGGGCCCGACUGGCUGAUAAGGAGGACCGAUUUAAGCAAGAUUUGGUAAAAGUCGAAAAAUUACCAGCUCCCACAGCCUUCGGUCACGCUGAUUCCUUACCGCCCGUUGGCUCCCCUGAAUUGACCAUCAGACUCAGAGGUCAACUUCGCCGCUGCUUUGGUACUGCUGAAUCCUAUAAGGAUGGCAUCAUGCGCUUUGCAUACCCAGUCCGAGAAAAUGACGGAGGCCAUGAAUUCCAUACAGGCGAGCUUGCCCUCGACACUACUUUGGUUUCUGAGACUCCACUUUUCUGCCUCCUCAUCGCACGACGCACAGAUUAUCAUAUCGAAUACACAGAUCACAUGGAUGUAGGCCUUGCCUUAACCCCGAUUGACUUGUCUGCGAACCUUUACAGGAGAAUUGGAUACUUCAGCCAAUCUGUUCGGUCAAAGGACCCUUUAAAUGAGCAAGGAGGGUUUUUCACUAAUUCUAUGCCCGAGUCGGUAGUCAAGAUCAUCUAA